AUGCAGGCGUUAUGGAGUCAUCGUCAACACGCUAACGAGCAAUUUUGGGGGGAUCGAGGAAACGACCAAGAUAUAAAAGUAUUUUGGAGGCGUACGCGUGAGAAGUUUUUCGCCGCAAUGGGUCGUGGUGAAUAUCGUACAGCCGACUCUUUUUCGGGCAAGUGGACCGCAAUGCGGACGAAGAUUACCGAUUUCAACAACUUACAUAAUCAUUACGCCAACAUUAUUAGAAGAAGAAGCGGUUCGAGCGACGUGGAUGUUAUGACCUCAGCACACAACGACUAUAGAUUGCAUCAUGGGCAUCCAUUUACGAUGAUACCUUUGUGGGAGCUUCUUUGCAAAUCUCCCAAGUGGCAUUUUGUACCGUCGUUUAACCCAACCGCCCAUAGGCCAAGACGAUCCAAAUCAACAUCCACUACCGAACCAUCCGAGUCCGAUGCUCGUACUACUAUUAAUCUAAACGACGACUUCGAUGAAUUUGAACAACCGCAAGAGCUGCCACGACCAAAGGGUAGGGAUAGAAGUAAGGUAGCUGCACGAGACACGUCUUUUUCAACGCCAUCGGAUGGCCCGUCAAAGUUGAACAAGUUCGACAAUAGACUUAACAAGCUUCUCUCGACGAAGGAAAAGGAGCAAGAACUAAAAAUGGAGAAACAAAUCCAAAAAGACAUGGAAUUUCUCGCGAAAGACUUUUCACAUCUAGCAGAGGAGGACCGAGUCAUUUUGGAGGCUCGUAAGGCAUAA